CCUGCUUUACUGUCUUCUUUUGCAUCUAGUUGAUAUUUUGUAGUGAAAUAUUUCAAUUCCUUUCUCAUUUCCUUUCGUGUAUAUUCUAUAGCUAUUUUCUUUGUGGUUACCGUGGGGAUUACAUUUAACAUUCUAAAUUUAUAACACUCUAGCUGCAGGGGAGGUCGCGGCAGGGAAAAUGGUGGACGGGAAGGCAGGAGAGCAGAAGCCUGAGAAACCGCAGCGAGCGGGAGCCGCCGGAGGACCUGAAGAAGAAGCAGAAAAACCUGUGAAAACUAAGACUGUUUCUUCCAGUAAUGGAGAGGAAAGUUCCGGUCGCAGUGCUGAGAAGCGAUCAGCUGAAGAAGAACUUGCAGACCUCCCAACAAAGCCUACAAAGAUCUCCAAGUUUGGAUUUGCCAUAGGUAGUCAGACAACAAAGAAAGCCUCAGCCAUCUCCAUCAAACUUGGCUCAAGUAAGCCUAAAGGAACCGUUCCAACUCUUGCUCCAAAAACCCUUUCAGUAGCAGCAGCUUUUAAUGAAGUUGAAGAUAGUGAACCAGAAGAAAUGCCUCCAGAAGCAAAGAUGAGGAUGAAGAAUAUUGGAAGGGAUACACCCACAUCAGCAGAAGCAAGUUCCUUCAAUAAAGGAAAGUAUGGGUUUUCUGAUAACCAGAAGCUCUGGGAGUGA